AUGGGGUCUGUUAACGACGGCAGGCGAUGGAAACGUGAGCCAAAGGUGGAGACCAGAUGCGGCUGUAAGGCAGAGAUGCGCGUCCACGUGCACUCCGAUAGUGGUAGAUGGAUAAUAUCAUACUUUCAGGACGUUCACAACCAUGAGUUGCUGGACGAUAGACUGACUUUCAUGCUACCGUGCCAUAGGAAAAUGGAUGCAGCCGCCAUGGAACAAAUGAAUAUGAUGCUUAGAGUUGGGAUUAAAACGCCACAUAUUUAUUCAUCUUUUGUGCAGACUGCCGGGGGAUUCCAAAACCUUCCGUUUCUAAAGAGGGAUAUGUAUAACCAGAUAGGGAAGCAACGGAGGCUCAUUGGCGGGGAUGCGACGGCUUGCCGGAAGUUCCUGGAAUCAAUGGCACAGGCUAAUCCUGGAAUUCAGCUGGAUUAUAGUUUGUUUGGGGAUGUCGUGGUAUUUGAUGCGACAUAUCGGAAGAAUAAGUAUAUGUGUCCACUGGUUGUGUUUUCUGGAAUGAAUCACCAUAACCAGACAAUUGUGUUUGCCGCUGCGCUAGUUGCAAAUGAGAAUGAGCAGACUUACACCUGGUUGCUGCAACAGUUCCUAGAUGCCAUGAAGGGUAAAGCACCUGGGUGUGUGAUAAUAGAUGGGCAUGGAGCGAUGAAAAAGGCAAUCGAUGCGGUGUUUCCUGGGGCCUAUCACCGUUUGUGUGCGUGGCAUCUGCUGAGGAAUGCCACUUCUAACCUAAGCAACCCCAGAUUUACUUCUGAAUUUAAGAAAUGCAUGCUGUUCGAUUAUGAGGUGUGGGAGUUUGAAGAUCAUUAG